GCUUGGUUAGCCAGCUCGGCUAGGCCUUUCCAGCUACGACCCGACGCAAUCGCACAGCGUCGCCUCGGCCGCAGUUCGGAGUGCAGGCACAGGCCGCAGAGAUAGGCGAUCUGGCGCGGCGGUUGCCAAGGGCAGACUACCGAGCGGGCAGGGCAGUGCGAUCGCGGACCAAAUUUCAGUUGCUAUCUCCCGGCCUUUUCUCCCCUUCACUCGCUAACCUUACCUUCCUCUAGUCUCCCGUGGGGUUCCUAUUCUUAGCCUGACGCGCCUAGCGACGGGCGCGCGCACGCACACGCACACGGUUCGUUCCAUGGCCGCGGCCGCGACGACGUCCACGGCAACCAGUUGCUCGUCCUCGUCCACCAGCCCCGGCCCUCACCGCAGGCGCCAGCCCAACGACAUCGAGCGCGACGACGACUCCUGCUGCGGCUGCGGCGGCGGCGCCGAUCACCACUUCCUACACGCCUGUGCGCACGACGACGCCGAGUGCGACCUCCACGGGCACGCCGCCGCCGCCACGCCCUGCAGCGGGAGGGCGCUGCAGUUGGCGCGGAGGAAGCGAGCGUGGGCCGUGGCAGGCGCGCCACCCCGGACGGCCUGGAUGAGGGGCAUCGUGCUCUGCCUCCUCGGCCUCGUCGCCGUCAUUGGGUUCCUGGGAUCGCACCGGGGCGGCGGGCGCACGGCCACGAGCGCGGGCGGCGCUGGCACCGACGACGGCGGGAGGCUCAGGGUGGAGGUGGCCGACGCCGACGUCAUGGAGUGGACGGAGGAGAAUUUGACGGCCCUUGCGCGCCGCUCGCCUGAACCGCCGUUCCCUUCCAAACACGGACAGAUACCUGGGAUAUGGAUGAAACCAGACAGUGAGGGUUACAGCCAGUGCAUUGAACGGCCGAAGAAUCACCGCAGGAAAAACAAUGCAUCUGUCGGUUACCUGGUCGUUGAUGCAAACGGUGGCCUAAACCAGAUGAGAAUGGGAAUAAGUGAUAUGGUUGCAGUGGCGAAGAUCAUGAACGCAUCGCUGGUGAUCCCUACUCUGGAUCAUCAGUCAUUCUGGACUGACCCAAGCGAUUUCAAAGAUAUAUUCGACGUCGAUCACUUCAAGGAGUCGUUGAAGGAAGACAUUGUGAUCGUGGAUUCCCUCCCACCACAUUACAGAAGGGUGAAACCGUACGUGAGAGCGCCCACCUCCUGGUCCAGGGCUUCCUUCUACAGAGACUUUGCGAAAAUCCUGAGGAAGUUCAAAGUGGUGAGGUUUACACACACGGAUUCACGGAUCGUGAACAACGGCCUCGCUCCUUCGCUGCAAAAGCUUCGGUGCCGCGCGAACUACGAGGCGCUCCAGUACAGGAAGGAGAUCGAAGAGCUCGGCAACACGCUGGUUGAUCGGCUGAGAAACGAGUCCCAGCAUUACAUCGCGCUUCACCUGAGAUACGAGAAGGACAUGCUGGCCUUCACCGGGUGCAACCACAACCUGACGCUGGAUGAGGCGGCGGAGCUGACGGACAUGCGGUUCAAGGUGCGGCACUGGAAGGAGAAGGACAUCAACAGCGAGGAGAGGCGGCUACAGGGCGGGUGCCCCAUGACGCCCCGCGAGGCGGCCGUGUUCCUCAAGGCCAUGGGGUACCCCUCGGCCACCAAGAUCUACAUCGUCGCCGGCGAGAUCUACGGGGCGCACAGCCUGGACGCGCUCCGGGCCGAGUACCCCAACAUCUACACGCACUACAGCCUCGCCACGGUGGACGAGCUGGAGCCGCUGGAGCUGUACCAGAACAGGCUCGCCGCCGUGGACUACAUCGUGGCCCUGCAGAGCGACGUGUUCGUGUACACGUACGACGGCAACAUGGCAAGGGCCGUGCAAGGGCACAGGCGAUUUGAAGGGUUCAGAAAAACCAUCAACCCUGACAGGCUGAAGUUUGUGGAGCUUAUUGACAAGCUGGAUGAAGGUUCUAUGUCCUGGACUGAGUUCCAGACUGUGGUGAGGAAGCAACAUGAGAAUAGACUCGGAGGUCCGUACGAGAGAUUGCGUGGGGCAAGCCCAAGGCAGGAGGAAUACUUCUACUCAAACCCGAUCCCUGGGUGCCUCUGCAAAAGGGUUCAGAGGAGUAGAUGAUAUGGAUUUUUCUGGGUUCCAUUGAAAUUGUUCAGUCUUAGAAACAUACCGUACCGACAGCUUCAGCGGCUGGAGCGUGGAUGGAGAUGAACCUUCCUCCGCGUAGCAGAGAUCAUCACCCCGAAGCGAAGAGCGAGAGCUAGCAAACUGACUUUACACUAGCAGUUUCGAUUAUUUUUUUUUUCCUAGGCUGACAGGCAACACGUGCAGCUGAGAUAUCUGGAGAGGGCACAGGGUGUGCAGAAUGUGAAGUGCGUCGUCAAAAGAGUUGUGUAAAAGCAAGGAAUGCAGAUGUGCAGGUAAUAGGGCGAGCCAAAAAUGUUUCACGGUGGCUGCUGUUUGUAGUUGUUGGUGUUUCUGAUUAAUUCGGUUUAGAAGGUACCAGUACCAUACCUUUUUUUGAUGGAUGGAUUCAUCGUUGCCUCUUCUUAAGAAUAAUGUAUAAAUGCUCUCUUUGUAGUAGGCCUGUUGAACCAGAUGUGUACAUAGUAAAGUAAAGAGUGGACAACUGAUAGUUUUGUAGUAGUUUAGUUCCCACGAAUAAAUCUAUGUAAUCCUA